CUUCAUGGCCUACAGCCUCCCGCCUCGCCGCCCGUCAUCCCCCUUCAUCCACCGGUCCAUCGCCUGCCCUUCAUUCAAAAAUAACUUUGAAAUUGCGUCCUCCCCGCCGUGCUUGUCUCUCGGUCGCCGCCGUUAUACGAUAAUCGAUUCCUCAACCCGGCUUGCCUCGGCAAAUCGACCCUCUUCCUCUCCUCACAAUCAUCGACCGAGCCCAUCAAUCCAAGGACUGCAUCACAUCCACUCGAGGCGAGCCAGAUUUCGAAAUCGAAGUGCAUAACUGUAUGGAUGCGUGACUGCGUGCUGUUGCGCCACAACAUCGUCCACGCCGUGUCUCGUACCGUCUGGCCGUUCCGCAUUCCUCCCCCCUCGCAUACGGACCCCGGCUCAACACCUCCGGUCGACGUGAACAUCUGAUAAACGACUCCCCCGUUGACGGCGCCUGGUCAUUCACUAGACGGGAGGAGUCUAGGGCGACUGGAAAAACCGACGCUCGUUUCUCUACACCCCAUUACGAUCCUUGCUGGCUCACGAGUUAUUUCUUCUCGCUGCGCUUGGCCGCUUCGCGAUACAAGAACGUCCAUAAUUUACGGCGGCAGUCUCUUUCACUUUCACUCGCUCGCUGCAGGGUCUCCCAGCUGGUCUGAAGUGAGACGACGCCUGUCUGAUUGCUUCAACUUGCUCUUGGUCGAGCGGAGUUGCCUGUGCGCCUCCCUUGCAUCCACGUGAGCCGCCCUUGCCAAGCGACUGGCUCCUUGUUCACACGGCGAAUCCUGUGAUUUUUGGACAAGGUAUGUAUUUCUAGCGCACCUGGCCAUCUGGCUCGUGCGAAUUUGUUGCUGUGGGAAGAUGGUCGCGGCUCCUGAACUCCGCUGUUCGAAACAGAGCACUGACCGUCUUGCAGGACCCUCGUAUCUGGCCGAAUCCCCCUCCCCCCAAACGUUUUCUCUGUCCUCCCGACUUCUGCUGCGACAAACCGGGAUGGCGAGGUCCUAUCCCGUCAAUGAAUGGGCGGCGACCCGUGAAGCUACGUUGGUUGUCGACCUGGAACAACCUUUUGCGACGCAACGAAACCGCCGGGCGUCGGCAGCGCGCAGUCCUCGCAACAGGCAGUUUCGCAGCUUCAGUCUGUCUUUUGUGAAGCACCGACCCCGGACGUCACUCUUCGCACACGGGAAUCUAGACGAACAGUUGAACGACAUGGCCAUCGACGACAGUCCAGAGGGCCAUGAAGCGCCCCAUGGGUCGCCUCAAGGACAUAGCAAUGGCGAAUCCGGGACUUUCAAGGGCAUAUUGCGCAGGGCCUCAUUGUCACUCAAGGGCAUUGUGCACCGUCGGCCAUCCCACGCACACGAGGAUGCCGCUCACGAUCAGCGGCACGCACAUAUCAGACCAGCCACUGCACAUGCGUGGAAUCGGCUGCGACAGGCCGCAAGCUUUCGCCAUGCGAGACCUACAAGUGGCUUCGACUUGCCUCACGAGACUCCAUCCUACGCGCAUCCGUCGACGUCACCCAGCUUCCCGAUUCCUGCGAUGGGCAACGAGCCUCCAGUCAUUCCCACUCACACUGGCGCCGCGGCGAAGGCCUCCGCUGCCAUGCAGAACGAGUUCUUCGCUAGACAGGGUUCUCAGACUAAGUGGCUACGUGCCCCGUCGAGCGAAGACGGCAACGAUCGAGAGAGCGGCAUUGGAAUUGCCGUCAAUGUCCCCUCUAUCGAGGUGGAUGACGCCGAUGCAGCCGUGGCGCAGCAGGACACGCGCAUCAGCAGACUCAAUUUCAUUUCGAUGCUGCCUGCCGAGCUUGCUAUCCACACGCUGUCUUUCUUGGACGCUACAGCCCUGACGAGAGCCUGCCGCGUCUGCCGUGACUGGCAAAGGAUCAUCGAAAACCAGCACGUUUGGAGAGAGUCUUGCCUGCGCGAAAUGACGACGACAUUCGCAACCAGCGGACCGGUUCAGCCCGGAACUGGCCUGGGUAUUCCUCUGGCACUGCCAUCGAACGACUGGAGGAAAAUCUAUCAGGCUCGACAAGAACUCAACCUGCGAUGGAGGAGUGGCAGAGCCCGACCAACCUAUCUCAACGGGCACUCGGACAGCAUCUAUUGCUUGCAAUUUGACGAGCACAAGAUAAUCUCCGGAUCCCGUGAUCAGACGAUACGAGUUUGGGACAUGCACACGCUCAAGUGCAAGCUGGUGAUCGGACCCCCGGCUGCCAUUAAUGGCGGCAUGCUGCUGGAAGACUUCGAAGGAAUCCCGUUCCACUACGCCAUGGGCGCGGAGAAUGUUCGAGUGGCAGAGUCGCGACCGCAGCUUGUUUCGUGGCCGGAGCACCACAUGGCCUCCAUCCUCUGUUUACAGUACGAUGACGAGAUACUUGUGACGGGGUCGUCGGAUUCGACAUGCAUCGUGUACGACAUCAACAACGGCUACCGACCCAUCCGCCGGUUGCGCCACCACACUGCGGCCGUGCUCGAUCUCGCAUUCGAUAAGAAGCACAUUGUCACCUGCAGCAAGGACAUUAGCAUCUGCGUCUGGGACCGGGCGACAGGAGCCCUACUGCGCCAACUACGUGGACAUACGGGGCCCGUCAAUGCGGUGCAGAUGCGUGGCAACACCAUCGUGUCCUGCUCUGGCGACACCACGGUCAAGUUGUGGAACAUUGACACGGGGAAGAACAUCCGGGAGUUUGACGGCCACACCAAGGGAUUGGCUUGCUCGCAGUACUCCGAGGACGGGCGGUACGUGGCGUCGGCGGGUAACGACAAAACCAUUUGCAUCUGGGACGCCAACACUGGCGAGUGCAUCAAGGAGAUGCGCGCCCACGAUAAUCUGGUCCGGAGCCUGCACAUUGAUAGUGUGAGCGGGCGGCUUAUUAGCGGCAGCUACGACACCGACAUCAAAGUCUGGGACAUGGCCACGGGGCGUCAGCAGCUCGACUUUCCCCGCUGGCAUGCCAGCUGGGUCCUCAGCGCCAAGAGCGACUAUAGGCGCAUAGUCAGUACUGGGCAGGACCCCAAGAUCUUGAUCAUGGACUUCGGAGCGGACGUGGAGAAUAUCGAGAUGCUCGAGGGCGGCGGGCCGGAAAGUGGCCCUUUUGGGCUGCCCAUGGGCCCCAAGGGUUUCAUCUGACGAGACGAGCUUUAACGAUCGUCGUCGACGCAAGCGAGCCUGUGAUACUCGCGACGCCAUCGGCCCUUCUAUGCCUGCCUGGCUUUGCAUCCAUGCUGCUAGGGCUGGCGGGGAGAGCAUCAGCGUUGUUGGCACCUGGUGCAGGAGGUUGGACUUGCAACUGCAAGGGUCUGACUUGGUUUCGGCGACGUCAUCAGCCAUGAGCAUGUAAUCGGACAUGGUUUUCUGCUUCUCAUUAUGUUUAUUCUUUUCUUCUGGAGCUUGGCAUAGAUAUGGGUAGCGGACACGGGUUCUGGCAUUGGUUUCAAACUGGGGCAUCUUUUGGCCGGCGUAUGUAGAGCAGACCCCUGUAAGGGAAUGAAUGGUAAACGACUUGUACAGGCAG